CAUCAAUCCUCCACAUCAAUGAUUUUCUCCUUACCGGUACCAUUGAUUCACAGCUGUGAUACCCCAUCACGGUGGACGAAACACGAUGGAUCACGGAAACGCCAAAACAUCCGCCGAUCAGGCUAGAACGAACCGCGUCAAGAAGGCUCAACCCCCUCGAACUCCAGCAGCUAGAUACAACAGAAAGAUUCUCCAUGCACUCGAGCUUGCCAUUAAGAAGGAUCCGGAAGCAGACCUCGCUGGUCUCCUUACAUCGAAGUACACAGACUCUCUGCAGUCUUUUAAAUCAUCAGGAGCUUCGCAGACCUUGACGAUAGAAACCCCAAGGUCGAAAAUACCAUUUCCCGACACCGAUAUCCGUGCGAGACUUAAUGUUGCCAAACCGUCAACCAUUUUCUACGAGUUAUCCGCAGAAUUGAAUAGCCUGCUGCAACCCUAUCAAGAGCUCUCAGCAGGUAUCAUAGCCUUACUCGCCAAAAGCGAGGUGCUUUACGAAAGCGAAUGGGCUGCAUCUGUUAUGGUGUUUCGGCUCAACGAAAACAUUGUCGUCAAAGUGACGAGUGACGAGGGAUUUGCGUUAACCGAACAUCGAUCACUCUGCUACCUGAAAAGACAUUUACCCAGCUUUCCAAGUCCACAACCCCAUGGUUUGAUAGAAUUCGACAAUUACUACUUCCUCUUUACCAGCUUCAUUCCAGGCGUUAGCUUAGAAAAGGUUUGGCCUCAACUUGGCGAUGUUGAAAAGCGCGCAGUCAAGAGUCAACUUGAGAGGCUGCUCUCAACGUUGAGGUCACUUCCGCGCCCGGAAGGUUUACCACUAGGCGACAUCCUAGAGGGUGGCUGUCGAGAUGCCAGACGAGGCGUUCGGCUCAGCUCCAAAACAAUCAUGGACGCUGCACAAUUUGAAGACUUCAUCUUCGCCGGAUCUCAGACAGCAUCGUCCCUCUACACAAACUUGUUGCGCACCCUCAUGCCAACUCUACCUGCGGCAUGCGUUUUCUCGCACGGAGACAUUCGCCCUGGGAACAUCAUUGUGUGUCAAUGCAGUGAUGGAACCUAUCGAGUCGCUGGAGUAAUUGACUGGGAAUCAAGUGGGUUUUAUCCUGAAUAUUGGGACUGUGUAAAGGCAACAAACAACCUGACGCCAAGGGACCGAUCCGACUGGUAUCAGUAUCUGCCAAUGUCCAUAUCUCCCCAACGUUAUCCAAUUCAAUGGCUGGUGGAUAGAUUAUGGGAUCGGAGCUUAGUCAACAGCUAGACGACUGAAAAUAUUUUUUACGCUCACUGAAGCCUACUUGACUAUUGGACCUAGAGUACGCGAUGGACAUCAACUAAUGUAUAACAAUUUAAUCCUCAAAGCUCGAAUCGAAAACGAACUCUUCCGACAAGGGUCCCCCUUGGCCCUCUUGUCCCUCGUCGCCUUCGUAUUCCUCGUCUUCUCCACUCUCACCAUCCUGACCAAAGUCUUGCCCGUAGUACAUCAGCAUUUCCUGCUUGCCCGCGUACAAGGUUUCUUCGUCAAUCGCUCCGCAAGCGAACGCAGUGUCCCAGAUAUCAAUUACAUAGUCUUGGCAAUUCCAGGAUAAGCCUUCCCCAGGUACUGGGAUCUCGGGGAUUUGCAAGAAGAGCGUUUCCAACCAUCCUGAAUGUAUGGUGCAUAGGUUUAUGAGAGGCGUGAUGCAUCUCCGAGAGUUCGCCGGGUUCGUCUGGAGGCACUGGGCCCUGAAGGGACCAUCCUCUUCAUCCUGAACGACCUCGAAGACGUUCCACUGGUGCGUGCUUUGGUCGUGAGUGGCAAAUGCCCAAUGGUAAUAAUUGCCGAAAUGCGGUGUGUAUAUAGCGCAGUGAAGGCUGGCGAUGUACUUGGUGCCAUCAUCCUUCGAGUCUUUAUGUCGACGCUUUCUCGUUUUGCCGUUGUCGUUCGGUUCUUGAUCCCGAUGCUUUGGCUUUCUGCCUGAGGCUCCGGUCUUGUGCGAGCUCUUGCCCGAGGUCCGUUCUCUCGUGGCGGACGCCUUGGGCCUGUGAGAUGACAUCGGUAGGUUUAGAAGCUUUGAAGACCGCGAUGAAUGGAGUCGAGUCGAUAUCUGGGCCCAGAAACCUGCGUUGGCUCUAGAAGAUGCAAGCAAAUCAGGCAACAGGGUUUUGUAUUUUCACCUUGUGUGUGUCGAAAACUUAGAAAGGUUGAUGGAAGGUUUUCGUAGGAGGUCUUUCUGAUGGGGAAGACUUCGAUUUAAAUACUUUGUGCCAGGGUAAUUGGCGUAUAGAAAGGCUAUCCGCGCCCAGCGAGUAUCUCAUCA